AUGGUGGAGUAUGGAAUUAGACAAAUUCAAGAAAACGAAGCAGACUCUCUCAAAUAUUUCAAAUUCGAUGAUGAAAUUGAGGAGAAUGGUGAAGACACUGGUGAGGAUUCCGUGGCUAAAACUGCUUCCGAGGUCCAUAAGGAUAAAAAAGACAAAAAAUCGCGAAAAAGACGCAUGCAGGAGGCGGAGGAAGCUAAGAUGGCCGCCAAAACUGAAGAUGUGGAUUCUAAACGGUGA